AUGCCUUAUCAAGACGACGAAACGCCAGUCGGUAGCAUGCCCCCACCAGGACCACGGCCCUGGUCACCCCCUGACCCAAGAAACCCUGGCGACACCUAG